AUGUCUGACCUGGAGGUGGAGACAAAGAAGGCCCACAUGGCUGUGGGCUCCCUCACCAUCAACAAGGAGAGGUCAGAGGUCAUUGACUUCUCGGUUCCCUUCAUCGAGACAGGCAUCAGCGUCAUGGUAUCCCGUAGCAACGGCACCGUCUCGCCCUCUGCCUUCCUCGAGCCCUUCAGUGCUGAUGUGUGGGUGAUGAUGUUCGUGAUGCUGCUGCUGGUGUCGGCGAUUGCUGUGUUUGUGUUUGAGUACCUCAGCCCUGUGGGCUACAACCGCUGUCUGGCUGACGGUAGAGAGCCUGGAGGGCCCUCCUUCACCAUCGGCAAGGCCAUCUGGCUGCUGUGGGGUCUGGUCUUCAACAACUCUGUCCCAGUGCAGAACCCCAAGGGUUGGACCAGUAAGAUCAUGGUGUCGGUGUGGGCCUUCUUCGCUGUCAUCUUCCUGGCCUCCUACACUGCCAACCUGGCAGCCUUCAUGAUCCAGGAGGAGUAUGUGGACCAGGUGUCUGGACUCAGCGACAAGAAGUUCCAGAGACCCAAUGACUUCUCCCCUCCAUUCCGGUUUGGGACGGUCCCUAACGGCAGCACGGAAAGGAACAUCAAGAACAACUACAAGGAGAUGCAUGGAUACAUGAUCAAGUUCCACCAGAAGAAUGUGGACGAGGCCCUCUAUGGUCUGAAGACUGGGUGA